AUCGAGGCAAGCGCUGCUCAGUUCACUUCCGUCAGGGCGAAAAAGCGUACCGAGAAAAAUUACAUUUUGGAAUUAUCUUCUUUAUUUCUGUUUCCAAAGCAUUAUAAUGAGCAGCAACAAGACGCAGGCCAUGCUAACCCUCGAGCCUCGCGAGACCCUCGUCUUUGAAGGCCCUUUUAACCGUUCAGUGUGUAAGAACCUGGUACUUGGGAAUCCCAGCAAGAAGCAGAAAGUGAUUUUUAAGCUAAAGACCACUUCGCCCCGCAUGUUCUUGGUGCGCCCCAAUAUUGGGUUUGUGGGCCCCAACGAGAAGGUUACCGUGGACGUCUUUAUGCAGCCCAUUGCACCAGAUGCCGGCCAGAAGCAACACAAAUUUCUCAUCCAAGCAGCUUUUGUCGCUGACGGCGAUAUCGACACGCAGGAGUUUUGGACGAAGCAGAAACAAAGCGACAUUUGGGAAGCCAAAAUCAAGUGUUUGUUAGUCAAGCGGAAGCAGUUGGACGAGACUGGUAUUAUGCGUCAGGCUGGUGGCGCUACUAACACAUCGAACCCCAAGCCAGACGGAGAGAUCGAGUUCGAUGCUGAGGAAGUUAGUGAGCCAGUAGCACAGCUAAUUAAGCAAGUCAGCAUGCUAGAGGAGGAACGCUCAUUCCUCAAGACUGAGGUUAGUACUUUACGCGACCAGGUCGAAAAGCGUCGUGCCAAGCAUUCGGGAAUGAACUUCUUUUUGUUUGCAUCCUGUAUUUUCACCAUCAUAUCCGCCAUUAUUGGCGCCUAUUAUGGGAAACUGUAUUUGUAAACGAUUUGUGAACUGAAACGAAAAUCCUUUAAUAUAUACAACUUGGCCUAGAA